CACACGUGAUCUGUGGAGUCGAGGGCGGCCGCGAGGAAGGAGCGCGGGGACGCACUGUCGCUCGGAGCGCGAGUUCGAGGAGCGGCGGUUUGUGUGUGAGCGCGCGCGCGCACGGCACGGCGGAGGGGCUCGCGCUGCCCGUCUCGGACCCGCCGCAGCCAUGGACGCGCUGAAGUCGGCGGGCAGAGCGAUCAUCCGCAGCCCGAGCAUCGCCAAGCAGUCCUGGGGGGUCGGCAGACACAAGAAGCUGCCGGAGAACUGGACGGACACGAGGGAGACGCUGCUCGAGGGGAUGGCCUUCAACCUCAAGUACCUGGGCAUGACGCUGGUGGAGCAGCCCAAGGGGGAGGAGCUUUCGGCCGCCGCCGUCAAGAGGAUCGUUGCCACCGCCAAAGCGAGCGGGAAGAAGCUGCAGAAGGUGACGCUGAAGGUGUCGCCGCGAGGAAUCGUCCUGUACGACAGCGCCACCAAUCAGCAGAUCGAGAACGUCUCCAUAUACAGGAUAUCGUACUGCACGGCGGACAAGACCCACGACAAGGUGUUUGCAUACAUUGCGCAGAGCCAACACAACGACACACUUGAGUGUCACGCCUACCUGUGUGCCAAGAGGAAGGUGGCCCAGGCUGUGACACUGACUGUCGCUCAGGCCUUCAAGGUGGCCUUUGAGUUCUGGCAAGCUGCCAAAGACGAGAAGGACAAGUGCGGUCAGUCGGACGGAGAAGCGGUCAGCAGCUCGCAGUCGGACAGCUCUGCCAGCCUGGUCAGCCUGCGGGGAGGGGCAGAAGUGGCGACCGGGACCCUGCUGGACUUGGAGGGGGGCGCCAGGGCGGCUCUGUCGCGCACACACCCCGCGGCGGCGCAGCGUGAAGAGGCGCGUGGACAGGCAGCCGAGAACAACAACACUGUCUGGGAGCUCGACGACGGUCUCGACGAAGCCUUUUCCAGACUCGCUGAGUCUCGGACGAACCCCCAGGUCCUGGACAUUGGGCUGACCGCUCAGGAUCUCGCUGUGGACGAGUGCCUCUCCCCCGACUGGGACAAACCGGACGGUGGCGCCGGCGACAGAGACGAUCUUUUUGGCUUCUGAGCGUUUGGGGGGGGUUAAGGAGCAGCGCGGAACCGGAUGCGGCCCCUCCCACAUCUUACCGAAGAAAUGUCGGUGGCGCCACCUGGUGGACGGAGGAUGCGAGGGAGCCGACGCACAGCUUCCGAAGUUUGACCAAAGCAAUAAGUAACUUGUUAGCAAUGCAAUAAGUGUUUGUUACAGUCUGUGUUACAGUGUGUAUCAAUAUUUGAUACCCCCCCUGCCCCCCACUCGCUGGACGUGCUUUCAAACUCAAGUGUUUACAGUAAAAGCGGCAGGGGGACGUGUCCUUUGUCUGGAGAGCCCUGUCCAGUGUUGCAUGCCAAAGGUGUGUGUGCGCAUGUGCGUGCGUAAGGGCGCGAGAGCUGUGCGGAGCACGUUUACUUUUGGGAAGACACCGGCUCUGCCCCACCCCAGCGGCCCCCGGUUCGAAGGCCACGCCCUCCUCUCAGCGCCCCGAAGCUCGACAAUCUCUACUGCUGCCCCCUAGAGGACAAAGCAGCGGUUUCUCUUUGCACUUUGCUGCCCCACUUCCAAGCACACGUUUCACCGCAGUCUCACGUGAUCAGGGAAGCGGAUCAGGGAGCCGUGUCCUCGAGCACGCUGCCGUCGCGCGUCUUCGCGCCGUUCCAAAACUUGGGCUCUUCGUCCGCGUCGUUUCGGGUGCGGUUUUCCUGUGACGCGUUUCAUGUUCUCUGCGGUCGGUGUAAAUCCGACACCUUCGUGCACGGUAUUCCUGCCAAACCCAAUAAAGUAAAUCACUG